AACAUAGAAGAGCCACACAUUAGCUACUAGUUCAUCAGAGUGGUGAAAAUGGAGAUCACUAUUAUCUCCAGAUAUACUGCGAAACCAUCUUCUUCUUCACUUCAGCAUCUAAAACCUCACAAACUUUCCCUCUUCGACCAGCUCACUCCCGCAACUUACGCCCCAAUUGUCUUGUUCUACCCCAACUCAUCAUUAACUACCAAUCUUUCCCAAACCUUAGUCCACUUGAAGACCUCUCUAUGCGAGACCCUCACUCUCUACUACCCAUUUUCCGGCCGCAUCAAGAACAACCUCUACAUUUAUGAUUUCGACGCUGGUGUUCCAUACCUCGAAGCUCGAGUCAAUUGUCGCCUGCCUGAGUUUCUUAAGCUUCAAGAAACCCAGCUGCUAAACGACCUCCUUCCAUUUCUUCCAUUCCGGAAGGAAACGGAUCACUCAGAUCUGCUUCCCUUGCUUGCUUGUCAAAUCAAUGUUUUCGCUUGCGGUGGAUUGGCAAUCUCUGCCUCCGUGUCUCACAAGAUUUUCGAUGGGGAUACGGGAAACGCUUUUCUCAAAACUUGGGCUUCCAUUUUUCGCGGGGCUCGCGACGACAUCGUACACCCUGAUCUCUCCCAAGCCUCCCUGUUCUUCCCACCAAGAGAUCCAUUGCCUCAGAACUAUCUGGAUUUAAUGGACAGCUUGUGGUUUAAGGGAAGCAAUUAUGUUUCAAAGAGAUUUGUGUUUGAUGCCAAAUCCAUAGCCACACUGCGAGCAAGAUCGACGAGCGAAAACGUUCCCAAGCCCACACGUGUGGAGAUACUAACUAGUUUUAUCUGGAAACAUGCAAUGGCUGCUUCUAGGGCACUGUCAUCCGGUACUUCACCAAAGACAUCCAUAGUCGUUCAUGCAGUGAACAUGAGACCGCGAAUGAAUUCACAAAUGCGAUCGGAUACUGUCAUGAUCGGAAAUCUUUUUUGGUGGGCCGUAGCUGCCGCUGACGCUUCUGAGGCAGACGCUCAUGACUUGCGUGACUUAGUGAACAUAAUUAAGGAAUCAAUCAAGGGAUUCGAUAGUGAGUAUUUGGAGAGUUUGCAAGGUGAAGAUGGUGGAUUCGGAACCAUUUCUGAGUUUUGUAAUCAGCUUGAGGCUAUGCUUUCCUCAGAAACACCGGAUAUCUAUGCAUUCACAAGCUGGGCUAGCGUUUUAAAACAGGUUGAUUUUGGUUGGGGGAGGCCAUUUUGGAUCGGAGCCAUGGGGAAAGUUGGUCCUGCAUUUAGAAAUCUCACUGUGUUCGUCGACAGACAAUGGGAUACGGGCAUUGAAGCAUGGGUGAACUUGGAGGAAAACCAGAUGGCUCUGUUAGAGAAAGACCCCCAUUUUUUAGCAUUUGCUUCUCCAAAUCCUGGAAUAUCAAGCAUGUAACUGUCUAUGUUUUAUUUCGAAGUCAAUAAUUAAGGCUUAGAAUACUAAGCUAUCAAAUUGUAAUCGAUUAAUUUCUGGUUUAUUACUGUGUUAAUUAAUCAAUAUCAUUUGCAUUCAUGGA